CCGGCCCCGGGUUUCUCCGGCCCGUGUAGCCCCGCCUCCCGCCGCUCUGUGACGUUCGCAGGGGGCGUGUCGGUGCCAUGUGGGCGGACCAGGGAGCCCCCAUGGAGGCGGAGCACGGAGCCCAGAGCCCCCGCCCGGAGGUGGCCGAGUUAGAGGAGUGGCAGCCGACUCACCUCCGCGUGGUCGUCCUGAGUGCCCGGUCACUGCGGGCCAAAGGGGGUGCUGGCUCCAGCAGCCCCUACGUGGUCAUCCAGCUGCAAAAGCAGAAAUACUUGACGUCAGUGGUGCCCCACAGCCUGACCCCCAAGUGGAGGGAGGAGUGCACACUCCAGCUGCCCAGCAGGCUGGAUGAUGCAAAGGAGCACUGUCUCGUCCUCACUGCCAUGCACCACUCUCUCCAUCGCCCCGACCAAUUCCUGGGCCGGCUCUGCCUUCCCCUGGCACAGCUGUUCUGCGACAAGGCAAGGAGAAGGAAUGAAUGGUUCAGGCUGCAAUCCAGGCGUGGCAGACCUGACAAGGUGCGAGGGCAGCUGCAGCUCGACCUCCAGUUCAUGCAGAUCCUGUCUCCUGGCAGCGAGCCAGCAUUCAGCAUCCAAGGACCACAGUCCCUCUUCACUAAGCUCCGCAGCAGCAUGAAGGGCCGAAGGAACAAGGUUUAUCCCAAGGCGCAAUCACCUUCCUUGUGUACGAGCAACGAUGAGGACUCCUCCUCCUCCUCCAGCAUGCCCAUUGAACCGGAUCCAUCAGCACUGAUGGCCAGGGGCAGCGCUGGGGGCUCCGCACACGCAACUGGAGCAGCUCCUGCUGCGAUGGCUCCCUCCCCGUGCACUGAGCUGCGGCUAAGGACCUAUCUCUCCAAAGAGGUAGCCUAUGAGGCCCCCUCAGUCACAGCCAAGUACCCAGCUUCCUCCUCCAGCCAGCCUGACCAGUGGGUUGCCCUGGAGCAGCACCCCAAGAAGAAAUCUCAGCUGCUGAAGGAGGAUAACGCAGAGUCAUUGGAGGACUCCCCCGAGACACCUCAGGCCAGUAGCCCACCCCUACGCAGGACACAGGAGGGUGGCAUCCCCCCACAGAGGUCACAAACCCUGUACACCUUCAGGAUGAGCCGUUCCCACCCUACCAGCACUAAGCCGCUGGGCACCACCUCUGGGCACAGCUGCACCUGGAGGCGCCAGCUAAAGUUGCUCAGAGGCUGCCAUAUCUGCUUGAGAUGCUUUGGAUUGAGACUCAAGCCCUGACCCAGGUGCUGUGGCUUCCCUCCGUUCCCCCUCCUGAGCGCUUUACAAAUUCAUACCAUUUGGAGCAGGAGGUGCUGGCAAGACUAGUGAUUCCAUAGUGCAUGAGAGACCCCCACCCAAAGCUCUACCAGUCAGUCACCCCAGCCCUCAGCACUGAUGGCACGGGCCCAGGCAGGAGGCAGCUGCAGUAGAGGAACUUGGAGGCUUUCUGCCCAGCCAGAGCUAGAGGCAACCCUCUGAGCCCUUAACUCCCCUGUGGACCCAGAGCUUUCCCCACUGUCCAACCCAGACAGGCUUGCCCCAUCACCCCACCAUCACCUGCCCCAUGAUUGUUAUUCAUUCCUCAGGGUGGAGCUAAGCACUUCGCCCCAUGAUCUCUCCCCACCCCCACCCACAGCAAUUACCCCCGGUGCCAGUUCAGAUGUGCAGAAAAAACCUUUUGAGUUUGCCAUGAAGCAACAGGGCCAUCCUGUUCCCUGGGGCUGCUCUGCUCUCACCCUCAGGGGAUUGCAGGAGGGCAGCAGGUCCCUGCUUUAGGGGGUAUUACCAGGGGCCAGUGCAGCUUGUGGGAGCCUGGCCCAUGAGCUGAGCCUUGUAGUCCCAACCCCCACCAUGUGCAGCCCCCUUUCUGAGCAGAACAUGGCCUUUCUCUAAGAGCUGAUAUCAGGCCCUGAGCCGAGUGGACUUUUCCACCAAAGCAGAGCCUGGCAUGAGGGUGGGCAGGCCCCACAGCAGAUCUGGGACCCCCAGCUGCAAGGUUGCUGUUCCAUUCAGCACCCUGUGAUGCACCCAGCAGGACACGGUCACGCCCGGCCUGAUGGCUGCAGAAGGCAGUGAAACCCUCCUGCGGACUGAAGAGCUGGAUUUGCUUCCUCACCCCGUCUCACAACAACGAGAACAGGUUGGGGGUGAGAGGUUUAGACCCAGUAGAAGGAGCCACCUUCUGCAGCACUGAUCCUCCAGAGGCUGCAGGAGCAGAACCCAGCAGUCCUAGCUCUACCAAGGGCCUGCUCCAGUGCAUAAGCUGAGCAGU